UCCACUGACACCGUCACAACACCACUCCCGCACUCUCCAUUCUCCGCCACAAUAAUUUCCUCACGGAUACUGCCUCAUUAUAGCAUUACUGAUUUCUUAAAGAGACGAGGUGAUCGUUGUGAGUGUGGUGAUGUAGCAGCCUGACUGUUGUUCACACGACUGUUCCCUACACCUCACCAGGGCACUGCUGCUCUCCACACUAGUGCACUAAAACACUGCUAUUCAGUAGGCCGCAUCUGGGGGCAACUGCUCACUUCUCGCCAGGAAGCAACUGUUCACCACCCUUACUGCUCUCAUCUACAAACACAAACUAUCAAGGAGGCAGAAACCAUGGCAGACUUCGAAGAAUUUGAAGUGUCAGAAAAUAUCGGGAACAGCGAGUAUGAAGCUUUCCAGAAACUGGGCAUUAUCAUCAGCGUUGUCAUAUCAUCGUCGGCUGUUGUCGGGGUGGUGGCCAACGCUUACGUUGUCUGGCUUCUGAGGUCGCGCGCUGUCUUCUCCGUCUCCAGCGUCUAUUUGCUCAACAGGUGCUUAGCUGACCUCCUCUUCCUCCUUCCAGCUCCUGUAUUUGCAACUCAAUACAGCUUGAUGAACUGGGUAUUUGGGAAUGCCAUUUGCAAGUUAACUAUGGCUCAGUUAUAUGUAUGCAGCUAUGCUAGCUAUUCUUUUAUGAUUGCACUGAGUGUGGACUUCAUGCGCGUUGUCACCCAACAUGUGGAUGACGAUCGCUCCGUUCUAAUGAAGAUUCUAGUCACAGUAAUCUGGGCUACGGCCAUUGCCCUGGCUCUCCCAUUUUUCAUAUUAUUUGAAACGCUACAAUUCGGGCACAGUACUGUAACUCAUUGUUUUUUAAACUUCCCGUAUUUCUGGUUACCAAUCUUCGAUAUUAUAUCCGUAGCAAGUAUUACAGCCACUAUGGUCACAAGUUGGGUGAUGGUCUUCAUAGCGGCAACACCAAGCUCGGCGCACGAGGUGCCACAGGAAAAUGGCACCAAGGCACGCACAGCUUGGCGACUGCUUGUGGCCUUAACCAUCACCUUCACUACACUCCAUUUGCCGUAUGCAAUCAUCCAAACGCUACAUUUCUGCCAGAUUGUCCACGGGCCAACGAUGCUGAAACCGCAGGUCAUAAUAAACUCGCUUGUGUUUGUGAAUGCAGCAGUGAAUCCUCUGGUGUACCUGGCAGUGAUGCGCCACAGUGGUCAGGACUCACAUCAACACACUGACUCCAUCCCAAUCACUCUGCAGGGGACAGAGGAAGACAGAGACUUUUGAGCCACAUCUGCAAGUCACUUGCGACAGAAGCGUUGAAAUGAAACAUGGUUUCUAACGUGUUUUUUUUAACAGGAAAUACUAACGCCCAGCUGCCGGUAGUCAAACAGAUCCAUACGUCCCCAGUAGAAAUACAAAAAAAAAACAGUUUAUAAAUUAAAUAUUUUAGCUGUUACUUUAUUAUUAUAAUGUGUAUAAUUAUUGUUUGUAUUAUUAAUAUUAGAAAUUUUUCAAUUUUUAUUAUUAUCUCCAUUAAUAAUAUGCCUUUUAGCAUGCCCGCUAUUUUCAGUGUUGUGUGGGACAAUCACUACUGGGACAUGUACAAAAUAUUUGUACUGGGUCCAUUUACCUGUACAGAGUGUUUGCAUAGAUUGCAUAGAAUCUAAGAUUCCUUUCAACCCUCAGAUUUCAUGAAAUCUGUUAUCUGGGGUAUCUCUUUCUCUCUCUUAACGAACCAUAAAUGAUUAUUUUUAAUGUGCUAAUAGCUUUCCUAGUGUGGGUAGGCGCUCACGAGAAAUGCCACGUCCACUCACUGUAGGGUGCGCUGGGGAUCACCUUGCAAACGAUCACGUAUUUUUUUUUUUUAGAGAAACUCAUGAAACCUCAAAUUGAGAGAUUCGUCAUAGUCCAGGCUGCUUGGAACAUUUUGUUCUGCAGAGCUGAAUCCACUUUUUUUAUCUUUUUGGUGGGGGGUUCUCCUCCUUCUCCUCCUACUGUUUGUGGUUCUCCUUCUCCUUGUCCUACUGUUUGUGGUUCUCCAUCUCCUCCUUCUCUUCCUACUGUUUGGGAUUCUCCUCCUCCAAAAUGAGCUUGUAAUAACUGUAUUAUGUGCAUUCCUAUUGCUUGUGAUUCUCUUCUUCGUUCUUUUCCUGCUGUUUCUGAUUCUCUUCCUAUUUCUUCUCCUCCUACUGUUUGUGAAUCUCUUCCUGCUCCUUCUGCUCCUACUGUUUAUGAUUCUCUCCCUCCUCCUUUUCCUCUUACUGUUUGUGAUUCUCUUCCUCCUCCUUCUCCUCCUAUUGUUCGUGAUUCUCCUCCUCCUCCUUGUGAUUCUUUUGUUGUUUCUUCUUCUCCGACUUGCACAUAAAUGUUAAAUGUAAUGCUAGCAAAUGUGUCUGAGGAAUUAAUAUUCUUAGCCAACAUUUUACAUUUCACCUCAUUAUCACAGUCUUGGAGUUCAAGUUUCAUAACCACAAAUGGGGGCAGUGAAUUUUCUUUCACUGGGAAAUUAUCCGUAAAAAAUCCACAAUUAAAUAUAACUUGACUUGCAACAUGGGUACAUGAUAUCAACAAUUUGUUCAUGUCAAAUCGUUUUCCUUCCUUUUGUAAUUUUAUACGUGAUGCUUCUAAAUUGUUCUUUAAUUUGACAUCUUCUAUUUCAUUUAGAUCUGUAUAAAUAUCAGGUAUGAAAUUAUGGAAAUUCCAUGGAAAUAUUAAUAUAAUUGGAUUUUUUGUAUAAUAUCCCCUAUCAGUAUUAGAAUUUUUAUAUAGUUUAUGUACGUAAUAUACAGGAUAACCAUUGUUAAAGUAUUUGUGGAUUUUAUCAUAAUUACUAAGGAAUUUAUUAAAGGGUUGAAUUAUUGUCUUGUCAGUUUCGGCAGUAUUUUUAGGAUUAUACGAAAUUGGUGGUUUGGGAACAAUAAAGAUACCUUUAUAAGUUUUUAUGUGUUUGAUAAAUGGCGAGAAUAAUGAUUCUACAAGUUUGGAUUUCAUUUUGAAUUUUCGAAGUUCAGACGAAUCUGUUUGACAAACGAAUUCUUUUGUUUCUUGGGCGUAUUCUUUUGUUUCCUGAGGUAGUUCAGAGAAAUCUGCUUGACAGAUGGAGGAUUGUAAUAAUUCUCGAAGUAAUUCAUGAGGUAGUUGGACGGAUUCCAUUUGACUGAUGACGUGAGGAACGUCAGAGGACUCAUUUUCACUUGUUUAUAAUUCUCCUCCUCCUCCUUCUCCGGCGUCUUGUAAUUCUCCUCCUACCCUUUCUCCUGCGUCUUGUAAUUGUCCUCCUACCCCUUCUCCAGUAUCUUGUAAUUGUCCUCCUACUCCUGCUGCGUCUUGUAAUUCUCCUCUUACUCCUUCUCCUGCGCCUUGUAAUUCUCCUCCUACUCCUUCUCCUGCAUCUUGUAAUUGUCCUCCUCUGUGUGAUUCUUUUGCUGUUUCUUCUUCCCUGAUUUCCACAUUAAUGUUAAAUUUAAUGCUAGCAAAUGUGUCUGAGGAAUUAAUAUUCUUAGCCAAUAUUUUACAUUCCACCUCAUUAUUACCGUCUUGGAGUUCAAGUUUCAUAAUAACAAAUGGGGACAAGGAAUUCUCUUUAAUCGGAAACUGACUCAUAUAAAAUCCAUGAAGAUAUAUAUGAUGACUUGUUGCAUGGGUACAUGAAAUCCAUAACUUGUUCAUGUCAAUUAUUUUUCCUUGUUUAUAUAAUUUUGUAAAAUUGUUCUUUAAUUUGUUGUCUUUUAUUUCACAUAGACCUGUAUUAAUGUCAGGUGUAAAAUAAAAAAUAUUCCACGGAAAUAUUAAAAGAA